GCAGUCGCUGCAUUGCCCGGCAUUACGGUAAAUGCUAUUUGAAGCGACUGUACCACUACGGCACAAUGGAAGCGCCCCGACUUUAAAUUGAUUAAACGGCAGCUCUUGGUAUCACCGACAGUUAUCUGCCUGUCUCACCGACAGUUAUAUUCAUGUUUUGCCUGUGAAGUGAAGAGAAGUGUGAGGCUUGGAGCAACUAACUAGCUUUUGUUAAAUUUCUGACGAGUCCGCUUGCUAAGCCAAAAACGCCGGUAUAGCUUUGUCAGCUAGCUAGCGAGCUAACAAGGGAGGCACCUGCUGCCCGGACUGGGUGUGCAUCAUCCUCUCCACUAAGGACAUACUAUGGAGUUUCCUGUUGAUAUAAACCAGCUAUUUUCCGAGAGGGUAACCAUCUUGGACCAGACCCUUGGUGGAGGUCGACUUACUCCGAGAAGGCCAAAUCUUCAGUCCCAACUUGUUGCUGUAAUUGACGAACUUGGAAAAGCCUCAGCAAAGGCCCAAAUGCUAACAACACCUGUAACAAGUACUAUCAAGUUGCAGUCUCAGCAGCAUCAAGUCUACUUGAUGAAGGAUGGAGAAAGCAAUGGAGGACGUGGUGUCAUUGUAGGAUUUCUCAAGGUGGGACGCAAGAAGUUAUUUCUGCUCGAUAAAAAAGGUGUCCACGUAGAAGCUGAGCCACUGUGUGUUCUGGAUUUCUUCAUUGCUCAGAACUUGCAAAGACACGGAUAUGGACUAGAGCUGUUCAAUUUCAUGUUGCAGGACAAGAAUUUAGAACCAGAGCUGAUGGCUUUUGACAGACCCUCGCCCAAAUUGUUGUCUUUUCUGGCCAAGCAUUACUGCCUCACACAAAGUGUUCCUCAGGUCAAUCACUUUGUUGUUUUUGAAGGCUUUUUCCUCAACAAAGCAGUGGUCCAGUUGAGAAAGGUUUCCCUAAGAAAGCCAGACAGCGAGAUCAAACCUUACUCUAUAAUGGAGAGAGAAGUGGUACGUCAGGAGCAGAGGACUCCUCCAUGGCCGUUUGCUCCUCCUCACUCUCCCCAGCGGUCGGUAUUCUCCCAGUACUCCCACAGUGUGGGAUCGUCCCCCACCAGGGUGCCACCUCAAGCCCUCGGCGUGCCUGUCCUUGGGAUAGAGAGGAACCAGAGCCCGCACUUUCCUCUCAUCGAACGCUGCAGAGCAAGAAGCACCAGCCAACGAGGCUCAAUUGCCAGAGGUGAUCUGCACAGUCGCUACAUGGACAUCAAAUCUUUGGGAAAGCGGGGAACACCUUUGUCAGGUCUCAGAUGGGGAGGAGAACGGCCACACAUACUGGGGCAUCCAGAAGCACACAAAGUGGCCAAUCUUCCUAUACCACAGAGCAGGCUUCUUACACGGCCACCUCUAUCCACGUCCAAGAACAAUGUCGUCUGCUGCCCAACAUUCCUAAACAACAGAGGGCUACCACACCGCGGCAUAGGUGCUGAGGUGGUUGGUCUUAAAAAGGAUGUUAAAGCACCAGAGGGCGCUACAGGAGGCCUGUUGGCGAAGAAGCAAGCUAGAAGCAGCAGUGGGUGCUCUUGGACUGUGGGAAACAGCUGCUGGUCUGCCCAACAGGUGAAGCAGAUGCACGUAUACAGGAGCACCUGUCCAUGGUGAUGGCUGUGGUAUACAGUAUGUAUUGCAUAUAUGUAAUGUCAGCUUGCCACUGUUCUGAAACAGAAUAGUAUUCAUAUGGUGUUCAUUGUCAUAAAUGCUUGGUUUGCACACCAAAUUGUAGUCAAUAAUUGUUAAAUACAUGACGUCACUAAGGCAGUAAGACAGUUUCCUGCUCAAUUAGAAAACCCUGUGCCAGUUUUCUUUCACUCUGUGGAGUAAAAACAGACGUAAGAGCAGUAAGUGGUGUGAGUCAGUGUUGUACUGUCGUAGAAUUUCUGACCUUUUGACCUAUAUAUCAUGUAUGUCAAGAAUGUAUGCUCAUUUUGAUUUCUAUUCUGUGGGACAAAAGUGAAUUUUAAGUCAUGCCAACCUGUCUACAGAAUGUGUUGACUGUCUAAAGGAUUCGAGUUGUUAUGGAACAGAUAGGGAAAACAAAAAAGACAUUGACGCACUAACAAGAGAGAUAAGAAAGGGAUAAAGUCAAACGAAGAGAGUGUUUUGGUAGCCAUCAUUCCAUGCUGUCGGGCGCGCCCGGGGGGAAAACUUUCUGUGUGCUCGACAACUCAACCCAACCAUUGUACCAUUUGAUUAUGAGUAAAAUAAAACUCUUGUGUUAAAUCUACUUUGGUUCUCAUUGACAACCCGGACUUUCCACUACACAAUUGGCGUCACGAACUAGGAUGGUCCAGAACUCUGCAAGUCAACAUCCGCUCCCGGCUUCUCUCUCAGGCAGACAACGCUUGCACGCGCGCAUCUAAUACAAGGUAAGCUAUUUUGCUUAUUGUGUAAAAGUUGUCUGUCUGAAGAGAAACGGGAUCGGUAAGACGAAAACUUAAUUUUUUUUUCAUAAAAGAUAGGCCUAGCAGGUUCUCCAAAAACAACCUAGACUGGGGCAUGUGUUGGUUGGCCUGAGUUGUUUUAUAUGUGAUCAUUUGUCUGUGUGUUUGUUGAAAACUUGUGAUUUCUUGUUUUUAGCUAUAAGGGGAUUGUUAAUAGAAUUAUUGGU